CUGCCCACCCCGCUUCCUGCCUCCUCCACGCUGCUCUCCUGUCCGCAACCGCCACCGCCGGCGUCGCGCCUCAAGGUCCGCUUUCAACCGCCGCCGCCGCCGCACUCCUCCUCUCGACAGCCGCACACGCCGCCGGUCGCUCACCCCCGCGCGUCCUCUGCCGCUGCGCCCUUAGCGGCCGCUUGCGCCUCAGAGCAAUGUCAGAUCAAGUGGAAGUAGGAAGCAUAUUGAAAAAGCAAGGACAGAAGAAAGGUAGGUCAAAGGGAUCUAUCAGGAAAAAAAGGAAGGAUGGCAAUUCAAGGGAUAAAGGAAACCAAAUACUGGAAACGAAUGGUGGACCUGACAGAAUUGAGGUUCAUCAUACUUCUAUGGUGGAUGAACAUUCUGAAGGAAGUAAAUUGAAGAAGGUGAAGAGGAAGAAGAAGAAGAAUCAUGACUUGUCAGAAGGUGACCACCCAUCAACAAAGUAUGAUGAACCUGAUCAAGGAGAGGUUCAUCAUAUGUCAUUGGGGAUUGAGGAUGCUUCUGAAGGAAUGAAAAGUAAAUUGAAGAAGGUGAAGAGGAAGAAGAAGAAGAAUCAUGACUUGUCAGAAGGUGACCACCCAUCAACAAAGUAUGAUGAACCUGAUCAAGGAGAGGUUCAUCAUAUGUCAUUGGGGAUUGAGGAUGCUUCUGAAGGAAUGAAAAGUAAAUUGAAGAAGGUCAAGAGGAAGAAGAAGAAGAAUCAUGACUUGUCAGAAGGUGACCACCCAUCAACAAAGUAUGAUGAACCUGAUCAAGGAGAGGUUCAUCAUAUGUCAAUGGGGAUUGAGGAUGCUUCUGAAGGAAUGAAAAGUAAGACUCAGAAGGCUAGGAGAAAGAAAAGGAAGGAUCGCGACUUUUCGGAAGAACAUGUCCAAUUACUGAAAAAGAACGACAAUUUUGAUAUUGGGGAGGUUUAUCCUACCUCCUCCUCAGGGAAUGGAGAUACUUCUGAAGUAACAAAAACGAUUGAUUGUCCUUCCCAUGCUGUAGGUAAGUCUAAGAAAGCUAGGAGAAAGAAAGGGAAGCCUCUACAGUCUCCAAGAGAUAUUGAUCAAGUAGUGGCUAAGAACUCUGAACCUGAUCCGGAUAAUGUUCAUCAAAUUUCUUCUGGGGAUGAGGACGAAUCCAAAGGAAUGAAGAAGUGGGUGAUGGAAUACUAUCAGACAAGACCGGGGAUAGAGACAUUGCAACAAAGAAUUGAUGAAUUUAUAAGCACUCACGAGGCAAAACUGGAACAGGAAAGAAAAGAAAGAGAAGCCCGUGUUGCAGAGGGAGGAUGGACUGUGGUAACCCAUCACAAAGGAAGGAAGAAGACCACAGAUAGUGAAAGUGGAAUUGUUGUUGGCUCUGUUUCCCAGGCUGCCUUGGAGGACAAGUUGGCUAAGAAGAAGCGCAAGGAAGUUGGGUCGGAUUUUUACCGAUUUCAAAGAAGAGAAGUGCAGAGGAAUGAGAUAAUGAUGUUGCAGAGUAAAUUUGAGCAAGAUAGAAAGCGAAUACAACAGUUGAGAGCUGCCAGGAAGUUCCGACCUUACUGAAACCGCUGGAUGACUCUGAGUCCUGGCAAAGGCAUUCAUUCAAGUGACGGAUAUGUUACCUUGAAUGCUCUCUUCGAAAACUCUGGGAACUUCAAUUGGCUAAUUUAAGGUGCCACCACAUUUUUUUUUUCUCUUUUUGAAGAAAAAAUAGAAAAGGCCCACCGCGGCUGAACCCAACAUCUCAUUGUUCCAAUCUAUUUACUUGUUUCUAUGGCCACUCCACCGUUCUCAUACAUAGUUACAUGGAUAGAUCUUGAAGUUUUUCGUCGAAGCAUUUCCAAGGCUGGAAAUCUCACGUUGAAAUGAAAUGUAAUCACUAUGUUUUGCUUCAGUUGCAUGUAUCAUUCAUCUAUAUUAAGCAUUGAAACAAGAAAAUAGCACUUUUACUAUGUAAACGAGAAGUCGGUUCUCUGAAAA